UCACUGCGGCUAAAAAAAGAAACAGGAAGCAGCUCUGCAUGCUCUUACCGUCUAAUGGGGGAGAAAAGCAAAGCGGGCUAGCAGUCGCUACGAGAGGCGUUUAUUUCCGCCACGACUAUCCGGAGGGGAGCAGGGCUGCCCGGCUGCGUUGACUGCGUUUGAGGGGCUCCAUCGGCAGCAUGGGACAGUUCUUUGGAAAGCAGAGCCCGCAUACGGAGAAGACUUCGGUACCUCAACCCGAAGCAAGCCAGCUCUCGGAAAAAGCAGAUGAGGACAACGAGGUUUUUGGCCAGGGCGAGGCAGAUGCGUGCCUGAACAAUGGCAGACCUACCAAGGGGACAGCGGCGACUGACUCCACGGGUGUGGGGAAUGCCGGGAGCCGUGCCAGCGCAGCUGACCCCAACAGCUCCCGCCCCCACCUGGUCCGCCUUUUCUCCCGGGAUGCCCCGGGACGGCAGGACAACACCUUCAAAGACCGCCCCUCCGAGUCGGACGAGCUGCACACCAUUCCGGAGUGUGUAGCGGACCCAUCGGCGCAGGACAGAGACUAG